AUGCCUAAGGAGUACUUCAGUUUUCAACUGCUCGGCCAGAAGGUGUCUUGUGAGAAGACACUGGACCCCUUUGGGAUCUACCAUCAAGUAUUGGUGGACGCUGGUGGAAAGCAAAAACGACUAUGCGAGAAUAGUUGCUUCAUAUUCCCGAUACGCAGCAAGUUCAGACUCUUUACGAUAUGGAUGGUGGAAUGGAAAUGGUUCCAGAGGUUCAUCCUGUCGCUCAUCGUGUUGAACUCAAUCUUGAUCGCUAUUGAGGAUAAGAGGGAUCCUGAUAACCGUCGCAAUGAGAUUGGCGCGUUUGCCGAUUCGUUAUUAUUGGCAUUCUUCACGAUAGAGUGUCUGCUGAAGAUAGUCGCUUGGGGGCUUAUACGAGAGAAGUCGACUUAUCUGACUGAUGGCUGGAAUUGGUUGGACUUCAUCGUGGUGGUGACGGGUCUCCUCUCCGUCGUGAACUUGGGUGGUGACACUGACCUUAGCGUCCUGAGGGUCUUCAGGGUACUCAGACCUCUACGCAGCUUAACAGUAUUGAAAGAAAUGAAGUUACUGGUGAAUACAGUACUUCUUUCUAUACCACGUCUAGCCAACGUAGCCGGCACUGCUGUGUUUAUCCUGCUAGUAUUCGGGAUAUUGGGUACCAACUUUUGGGGAGGAGUACUUGAACGAAGGUGUCGUCUAACGCCUUAUCCCAUCCUCAUUGAAGCAGCUACAGGAGCAGUGCAGCAUGCCUUGCCGGUCUUGAACGGUUCUCAGGAGUACUGUUGGGAAUGGGAAGUGGAUACAGCCCAGAGCAGAGGACCAAACGGAGUCUCUCCGUCCAGUGUUCAUGAUAAAUGGUACAGUGCUAGCAGCAUGAGGAGGAGGAGACAGGAUGGGAUUUCCCUGGUGAGCAACGCCUUCAAGGCUUCCAAAAUGAAGGGCGGAGGAAUGACAGAAAUGGAGAGUAGAAUAGCUGAAAAGAAGAGGACCUUCUAUACGAGUACACCGGCUGAUGCUAGCUCGAGUGUAACAGUGAUGAUGAGGGUCAUGGAGCUCGAGAGUUCAGCUCACCCUAUCGUUGUGAAGAUACGAUAUCUGGUCAUCUCUGAGUGGUUCGUGAACGUUAUAAUGUUCUUCAUCACAGCUAAUGUGAUAGUGAUGAUGUUCGACUCCUACCCUCCACCGCCAUAUAGGCUUACUAACACGGUCACGGUACUCAACCAGGUGUUUACGGUAGUCUUCGUGGUUGAAUUUGUGUUAUUGCACAUUGCACUGGGCCCGCGGAGAUAUUGGAGGAAGCUCGCUACGGCAUUCGACGGGUUUAUCGUUAUUACGUCGAUCUUGGAGUUAUUCCUGGCGAAUGGUUCUACUGUUAUGACGGCCCUCAGGGGUUUCCGUCUGCUGAGAAUAUUCAAGCUUGCGAAAAAGUGGACGUCAUUUCGUGUCUUAUUGAAGUCGAUCGCCCACACGGUGAAUUCUAUGGGUAACUUCUGCGUUCUUCUCGGGCUGAUGAUGUUUGUAUUCACCCUGAUGGGCAUGAGCCUCUUCGCUACUAAGUUGAGGAUGGGCGAGGACGGCAAGAAGAUACCUGAUGAGCUGCUCUUACCAUGGCCGAAAAGUCAAUGUCCAGGAGGCGGUUAUGACUGCGUGCCUCGGUCCCAUUUCGACACUCUACUGUGGUCCUUCAUAACAGUGUUUCAGAUCUUGACGGGGGAGAACUGGAAUGCUAUAAUGUACGAUGCGGUGUUGGCGGUUGGUUGGGGCGCAGUAGUCUUUUUCAUCGCGCUGGUGAUCUUCGGCCAGAGUGUGAUACUCAAUCUAUUCCUAGCUAUUCUUAUGAGCAAAUUCGAGGAGAGUUCCGCGACGAUACGGGAGCGAGAGUUGGCUAGAGCCAGAUCACGGUCGCAGUUGUCAGCGUUCCUGCGGGACCGGAGAAAGACCAAUGGCGCGCUCCCUUCAGAUGAGGCGUCCAGCCCUGAGUCGCAGCUUGAGAGUCCCUCUCCUAGGUCAUUGAUAUCUCCGUACUCUGAGGGUAUGCAGGCUCAGGGUCAGGAUGAUCAUCACGAUGAGGAAGUGUUGGAGGCCCUGAGGGUCAUAUCUCGGAAUCCGAACCUGCGUUUGGUGGUUAACACGCUGUUCCGAAUCUUACCGGAGCUCUGCAACCUCCUCAUCGUGGGAGGACUCUUCUUCUUGAUCUUUGGUCUGUUUGGUCUGUCCUACUUCAAGGGAAAGUUCUACACAUGUCAAGUUGGCGACCCUAGUACGAGAGGAGUCGUCGAGUGGCAGUAUGAAGACCGGCGAAGCGUUAUCGUGACCCCUAUGUGUCUUGACCAGACGCUCGGCCAUCUCACUCUCGCCACUGGUUUCUCUGAGGGCUUAACAGGAAGUGCAGCACUGCAAUGCGCUGAUAGCGUGCCUUGGUCGAGACAAACUCCGGACACGCCAGUGUGUGUAGCCUCUUGUGCUACUGCCACCCCAAGCGAUAAGUCGGCCGCGUGCCCUUCCCCUCUGACCCUUGAUACGUACCCUAGUGUGUGUAGCCUCAAUCCUGGAGCCUCUAGUCGCCGGUUGGGUCAUUCUGGUGAACAUCGUCAGUUGCAGAGUGCUGCUGCCAGCAUCGGUGGCUCCGAGUGGCUUGCAUCAAUGGAAAAAAGCAUCAUGCCUUGCGACAAGUGCAGUGUGCACUACUGUACAGGAGAACUCCAACCCAGCGAGAAAAAAACGGCCUCCUGCCGAGACGAGUGCGAGCACCAUCCCUACUACUGUGCUGAUGUCUGCGCUGAUAACGUGUUUGAGGGUGGAGAGUGUGAGGCGUGUCUCGAGGCUUGCACUUCAGCUUGUGAAUGCCCGCAGUUUUGCAAGGCAGUUAUCAAGGAUGCUGCUAACUGUGUGGAACAGGGUGGACAAUGGUUGAAUCUGCACCAACAUUUUGAUAACAUCGCAGUGUCUAUGAUGACUCUUUUCGAGAUCUCAACCACAGAAGGUUGGGUAGACGUUAUGUAUGCUGGCACUGAUGCAACGGAAGUUUAUGGUCAGCCUCGUCGGGAUCAUGCGGAACUGUGGGGUCUGUUUUUCGUAUUGUUCAUGCUGAUCGGUUCGCUCUUCAUCCUGAAUCUUUGCGUCGGUGUUAUUGUCGAUAACUUUAAUAAGAUCAAAGCCCAGGGGAGGUCCCUCUUCCUGACGCAAACCCAGCAGAAGUGGAUAGAGCUUCAGAAACAGCUGUACACGAAAAAGAUAUACCUGGAGUUCGCCCACGUCAAAGAUUUGCCCGUGAAAAGGAGGAAGAUGUAUUUCUUCUGCACGAGCUCCAAGUUUGAGACGUUCAUAAUGACAUGCAUCUUGCUGAACACAGCGGUGACUGGUAUGAAGAUGUUCCCACCACCUUCGGAUGCCUAUAACACGACAUUGGCAACGCUAAACUACAUUUUCGCCUUCAUAUUCACAGCGGAAGCUGCAUUGAAGCUGUAUGCCACACGGUGGUGGUACUUCUAUGAUUCCUGGAACUGCUUCGACUUUGUAUGUGUUGUUGCUACAGCAAUUGGUAUACUUGUAGACUUGCUCUCUACUGUGACCAUCGGUACGCUGAUGAGCGCCAUCAGGAUAUUCCGUAUUGCGAGGCUCUUUCGUCUCGUUCGGUUCGCCAAGGGUCUCAAUCAGCUAUUCAUAGCCUUCGUUCUGUCCAUACCGAAGCUCUUCAACGUUGCCAUACUAUUGCUACUGCUUCUGUUCCUCUUCACAGUGCUCGGUGUCCGCCUCUUUGGUGCUACACAGCUUUCUGGUAGUCAUGAUGACCAUGCGAACUUCCGCAACUUCUACCGGGGGUUUAUGACACUUGUUCGUUGCAUGACUGGAGAAGGUUGGAAUGAGAUAAUGCACAGUCUGGCUAAGGAUUCGGAGUUCUUCGGCCUCGUCUUGCAUCGACCCUGUGUGAACGACUUCCACAUCACAGCAGACAAUUACGCACAGUUACAGGAGAAGUGCCUUAUCGACCAUCCUGUGCAGUGUGGGUCGCCAUUCUCGUUUCUGUUCUUCAUCUCAUACACGUGCAUCAUCACCUUUGUCGUGCUCAAUUUGGUCAUAGCAGUCAUCUUAGAAGGCUUUGAGGACUCCACCAAAUCGGAUGAAAAGAAUGUCGUGAACAAGUGUAUCGAUGUGUGGAAGCAAUUCGAUCCUCACUACGACAUGGAGCUGCCGAUUGACUCAGCGGUCCGGCCCACAGAGAUAGUUUUUAUGGAGACUGUGAAUUCUGAGCUGAUGCGCGACAACCCUGUACUGCGGAAGAAAAUGAUGAGGUUUCGUCUCGAACGUGGAGGAGGCACUCUGUACCGGUCGAUCCCACUGAAGCAAGCGGCGUUCAUUCGGAUGCAGAUAGACUCCAAGGGGAAGCUCAUGCACGAUGCCUUGGCAGAGAUGAGAUUAAAACUAUUUGGAAGCCCAUGGUCCCCACCAUAUUGGAUGAAGGCUGGCAAUCACAAAAUGAUAGGCAGCCCUCUGUCCUGCCUCAAGAAAGACAAAAAAUACAAACAAGUCUGGGCCGACUACUUCGUUAGAUGGAUCCAGGCCUACGAGAAGAAGAAUAUUCCUAUCUGGGGCGUCACCCAGCAAAAUGAGCCUCAAUUUUAUUUCAACUUUUGGUGGGAGGCCUGUUCAUUCAGUGCCGCGGAACAGAGAGAUUUCAUAAGAGACUAUCUAGGGCCGACCCUGAACAGAACCUUUGGUGGCAGGAUCAAGCUCAUGUUCAUGGACUUCGUCAAAGAGUUCCUCAUGGAUGUCUCUGACGUCGUUCUACGUGAUACCAAGGCUGCACAGUACAUCUAUGGUGCUGGAGUGCAUUGGUAUGGUUUCGACCAAGUUUAUGAACUAGAAAGGUUUAAGGCUAAUUAUGGCAGCAGAUACGCACUCCUAGGGACGGAAGCAAGCACUUGCAAUUGGGAUACGUAUUUCUUCAAUACGCCGUGGAAGCGAGCUGCUCGCUAUGUGCACGGUGUGAUUGUUGACUUUAUACACGGUGGAGCAACUGGAUGGGUCGACUGGAAUCUCCUCCUCGACCAAGAAGCAGAACAUGAUAACCGUGGUGGUCCGAACCAUGCUGGCAACAAUUGUUUCGCACACAUUCAUAUCGAUGAUGCAAAUCAGCUUGUGAUCCAUCCUUCUUACUAUGCCUUUGGGCACAUUACCAAGUUCGUCGCUCCCGGUGCUAGAAUGGUCACCUCCUUGACAGUUUCGGAGUCCAAGCUAAGUUCGAUAUUCACUAUUGACACGCUGGAGGCCGUGGCAUUCGUGAACGAGGCCAAAACGGAGUUGGAAGUCAUCGUUCUCACUAGCGAGGAAGAGGACAUCCCGGAUCUGAUCAUUGAGGUGCAGCUGCCCGACGGGAAGUACCAAACCGUCCACGUCGGCAAAGUCCCCGCCUUCAGCGUCACCACUGUGUUACUCCCCGUAACUUUCUAG